CAUGUAGACUUGUGGGUUUCUUUAAGAUUUUAAGCUGAAUAAAAUGGAUUUACCACCGGGUUUCAGGUUCCACCCAACAGAUGAAGAGCUUAUUAAUCAAUAUUUGUACAAGAAAGUGCUUGACAUCAAUUUCAGUUCAAUAGCCAUUGGAGAUGUUGAUUUGAACAAGUCCGAGCCGUGGGAACUGCCAUGGAAGGCAAAAAUGGGAGAGAAGGAGUGGUAUUUUUUCUGCGUUAGGGAUAGGAAAUACCCUACUGGCUUGAGGACGAACAGGGCCACUGAUUCUGGGUACUGGAAAGCUACUGGGAAAGAUAAAGAGAUUUACAGAGGGAAAUCAUUGGUGGGGGUGAAGAAAACUCUUGUUUUUUACAGAGGAAGAGCUCCUAAAGGUGUGAAAACAAAUUGGGUCAUGCAUGAAUAUAGACUCGAUGGCCAUUUCUCAAUCCACCAUGUCCCUAAAACUGCCAAGAAUGAAUGGGUGAUCUGCAGGGUAUUCCAGAAGGGAUCAGAUGGGGAAAAAACCCAUAUUUCAGGCCUCGUUAAGGCAAGCUCUUUCACCAACGAUUUGCGUCCUGCUGGUUUACCGCCAUUAAUGGAUUCUUCACCGGUUCUUGCCGGGUCGCCGUACGUGCCCUGCUUCUCCAAUCAACAAAACACAGUCGAUCAAAAUUUCGACAACAACAAUUCCUCCCGGGUUUUCCAACAAUUCCCGGUUCCGAGCUCGUUCCACGGCGGUGAUCCUCGAUUCCCGGGCUCCGUUCCGGUGCAGGAACAGUCGUCGUUGAGGGCUCUGAUCGAAAACCAUGGAUUCGGAAACCCGGGAAUUUCAUCAGGAGUAUCGAAUCUGGAAACUGGGAAGAAGCCAUUUGAUGAUCGAGGCGCACCUUCUUCAGCAGGACCGGUGGAUCUUGAUGUUUUUGGCAUUACUGAAGCAUUUGAUGGAUCAAAAGAUAAGAAAAGAAAAUAUGGGGGGUUGAGUUGGUUUAUAGAUUUUUCUUAAUGGAAACUCUAAACUGAAGCAUGAAAUUCUAGAGGUUGAGAUG